AUGAACGAUGACGCUGCAACGAACGGCCAUGUUGGAUCGCCCCCUCCUGGGCUUUCGAAUGACCCUCUCGAGAGCGGGCCUCUCAUCCGCGACACAGAUUCAUCAGAUGACAACGACCAGCUGCCUGCUCUACCCUCUUCGAAGCUGAGGCUGAAUAUCACACGCCCUCCAGCGCCGCAGCGGCAGUCAUCUCUGUCGCAGCCUCGGCCGCCGGGCACACCCCGAACUACCAAUCGUGUACGUUUUGAGAUCGAAGAUCAACGCCAACAGUCGCAGGAAUGGGUAGACGAGGAGGACUACCUGAGUACUCCGGGUCAAGAUGCGCCGCUGCUCACAGAUAUCACGCCUCCGUCCGACUCGCCGUUUCUGUCAGAGGCCUUUCAGCCAGAAGAUCAUUUACCAAAUGCCAGGCCUAAAAGCGGAAUGCGGAGCGCAAUCAUGAACAUGGCGAACUCGAUCAUCGGCGCUGGUAUCAUCGGUCAACCCUAUGCCUUCCGUCAGGCCGGACUUACGAUGGGUAUCGUACUGCUGAUAGGUCUUACCAUCACCGUCGACUGGACGAUCCGUCUCAUCGUGAUCAACAGUAAGCUAUCAGGAACCGACUCAUUUCAGGGCACUAUGCAGCACUGUUUCGGACGAAGCGGGCUACUGGCAAUCUCUGUGGCGCAAUGGGCAUUUGCGUUCGGUGGCAUGCUGGCGUUUUGCAUCAUCGUGGGAGAUACCAUACCACAUGUGAUGCAGGCAGUUUUCCCGGCUCUAACAGAAAUGCGAUUCCUAUGGCUACUGACGAACCGGGAGGCGAUCAUUGUCCUGUUUGUGCUGGCAGUAAGCUGGCCUUUGAGCUUGUAUCGUGAUAUUGCGAAGCUUGCGAAAGCGUCUACGCUUGCUCUGUUCUCGAUGCUCAUCAUUGUGAUCACAGUUCUCACGCAAGGGCCUUUGGUCGACAACAAUCUCCGCGGCAGUCUUAAGGGUUUGCUUUUCGUCAACAGCGGCUUCUUCCAGGCCGUCGGAGUCAUCUCGUUCGCAUUCGUCUGCCACCACAAUUCACUUCUCAUCUACGGCUCUCUGUCCAAGCCGACCCUCGAUCGGUUCUCUACUGUGACGCACUACAGUACUUUCGCCUCCCUGCUCGCCUGCCUCCUUAUGGCCCUAUCCGGCUUCCUCACCUUCGGCGAUCUCACCCGCGGCAACGUUCUCAACAACUUUCCAUCCCAAGGCCACCUGAUGGUGCAGAUUGCUCGUUUGUGUUUCGGCCUCAACAUGCUCACUACAUUACCCCUUGAAUGCUUCGUCUGCCGAGAAGUAAUGAACAACUACUGGUUCCCAGAAGAGCCAUACAAUCCGCAGCGGCAUUUGAUUUUCACAAGCGCGCUUGUGGACUACACGACCGACAUUGGUCUCAAAUUCAACGUGAAAUGCAAGACAGGCGCCCCAGGAAACAACAUUCGGAAUCACACAUCCGAAACAUUCACCGACUGCAUAGAAGCGUGUGCCACGAGUUGGGCAGACGACGUCCCUGCUUGCCGUGCUGUCACAUACGACUUCAGCCAAAGCCGUUGCCAGCAGAAAGAUGGAAACACGACUACGGCAGAUUUCGUGUCCGCCACGAAUAACGCAACAGCCCUCGCAUUCUCCAGUCAAUUCGACUACGAUGCCAGCAAGGAUAUCUGUCCCGGCGCGAACGGCACAAUCAAGACAGAUGUCAAUGGCUAUCAGUACCAGAUACUAUGUGAAACCUUCUGGUCGGCGGGUGAUAGUUUCGAUCCGAAUAGAUCCAACGAGAGCGAGUAUAUGGCUUUUCACGCGAACAACAUUGAGGAAUGCCUGGAGUACUGCUCCUCGAAAUCUCCGUUAUGCUACGGCGUUCGCUAUACCGAUGACCCCAACCUCAGCUAUCACAACUGCUUCGCGAAAAGGGCCAACGGCACUCUGCCUCUAUCUGGCGGCAAGAGCAAGCUUCAGCCGAACAAGGUGCACACAGUCGCACUCGGCCUGUUCCAAGUGAACAGCACAUGCACACAAGCAGCCUACACAGCCAACAACAGCGCAAUCCUGGAACCAAAAUGUGAUUAUACCGCCGAUGGACCCUCGUUGAAACAGGUUCACGCAGAUAAUUUUGAACAAUGCAUGGAUAGUUGCGCGUCCUACAAAGAUCCUCAAGACUCUGGAAACAGGGAAUGCACGGGCGUUCUAUAUCAGUCGAACGCAGAGAGUGGCUUCCUCAACUGCUAUCUCAAGUAUGCGCUCUCAAACGUCACUGCCAAAGCAGACUGGCACGUCGCGACGGUGCAAGGAAAGGCGGCGCAGCAGGCAAACUCCGGCGGCGGGGGCAGCAAUUCAGCCGUCAUCGGAGGUGCAGUUGGUGGCGCCGUGGGCGGCGUAGCCCUGCUCGCUGGUCUUUUGUUCUGGUACAGGUGGAGCAUGAAGAAGGCCAGACAAUCGCACGGGCUGAAAGGGAAGGACAUGGUCGAGAGUGAGCCGUUCUCGCCGAAUGGUGCUGGGAUUAGCCCGCCGCCGGGCUACAAGUCGACCAUGACGGCCCCAGCGGAGAUGGCGGCUUCGUCUCAGAGGCCACCGCCGCCGGUGACGGAGCUGGAUGGGGGGCGUUAUAAUGGGAGAGAGGCUCCGCGGCAUGAGCUGCAAUAA